GACCUCUUGAGUGAUUUGUGUGCUUUCCGGCAAAUGAUGGAGAUGCGUAAACCGGCGGAACUGCUGGCCUUGCCAUACUCACUGCGCACCGCGUCCCUGGGCGUUCCGGGGACGCUGCCCGGACUCCCGCGGAGGGACCCCCUCAGGGUCGCCCUGCGUCUGGACGCCGCGUGCUGGGAGUGGGCGCGCAGCGGCUGCGCACGGAGACGGCAGUACCUGCCCCUGCCGCUGGGCGGCGCCUUCGAGCCCGCCUUCCUCCGCAAGCGCAACGAGCGCGAGCGGCAGCGGGUGCGCUGCGUGAACGAGGGCUAUGCGCGCCUCCGAGACCACCUGCCCCGGGAGCAGGCAGACAAGCGCCUCAGCAAAGUGGAGACGCUCCGCGCUGCCAUCGGCUACAUCAAGCACCUGCAGGAGCUGCUGGAGCGCCAGGCCCGGGGGCUCGAGGGCGCGGCCGGCGCCGUCCCCCAGCGCAGGGCGGAAUGCAACAGCGACGGGGAGUCCAAGGCCUCUUGGCCUUCGCCCAGCAGCGAGCCCGAGGAGGGGGGCAGCUAG